AUGGCUCGGCACACCCACCAUCCUAUCUUCAUCUCAUCCACAAUUGUCGCCUACGCAACAGCCAUGCAUCGGCCCCAUCUGAUCCCCAAAACCGCCGCACUGGUUUUUCUCGCGGCAGCACUCUACCUCUCACUCCACAUUGUCCACAUUCCCUUCCCAACCAUCUUCCACCUGAGCGAGUUCGAAGCGUACGAUUUCAACGCCACCGUCGACGAGCAACAAUGCUUCAACAAUCCAUUCCCCGCCUCAGAGCCAAUCCCAAAGAUCGUGCACAUGGUCUGGGCCAAGAACCCCGAGCUAAAUCUCCUGACCUACCUAGCCAUCCGCUCUGCACUGGACUCGAUUAAACCCGACCAGCUCAAGCUCCACCACGCCGGCCUCAACGAUGACAAUCCAUGGCUCCGCAAACUUCAAAACAGAAUCACCAUGGUCCCGCAUGACCUCCACGACGAAUACCCAAAACAAAUUCAAGACAACUGGCGCACACCACACAUCGCCGACGCAAUGCGCCUCGACAUCCUGCACCGCGAAGGCGGCAUCUACCUAGACAUGGACGUGAUCUCGCUCGCACCGUUCGACCACAUCCUCUCAACACCCAAGCAAGUCGUGCUAGGCCACGAAGGCGGUGACCGCCAGGGCCUCUGCAAUGCAGUCAUUCUCAGCCGGCCGGGCUCGCCAUUCAUCCGCCGGUGGAUCGACACGUACUUGAAUUUCACCAGGAGCGAAUGGAACUACCACUCAGUGGUUUUGUCCAAGAAACUAUCGCUACAGCACCGCGAUGAGGUCUGUGAGCUGCCGCCGUCGGUCUUCUUCUGGCCUACCUGGACCAACAGGCAUGUUCGGUAUAUGCACGAGCCGAUCACUGAUCAGCAAGCCUUGGACUUUGCAAGCGAGAUCGCGGCUAAUGGUGGCGCUAUGUACCCCGACCAACUUGCUUACCAUGCGUGGAGCCACCCGGCGACGAAGUAUUUUCAGAAGUUGACGCCGCAGUUGCUGAAAGAGCAGAAUACUCGGUUUAAUGUGCUGGUGCGACGGUUUGUGGAUUGA